GCGUGUGAAGGGAGCGUCGACGACGGAAGACUCGGAGGCCCGGAGAAGGGACCGGAAAACUUCUUUCCUCGUUCCUGCUCUGGCCUUAACCGCGUCCUCCCAACCCCCUCCCCAAAUAAAUAACCCUUUCCCCUCACGCUUGAUGUCUUCAGCGCCAUUGGAGACGAAGAAAGAAUCGAAGCAGAGAUAGAUCGAUCGAGGGAAGAUGUGCGGGAUCUUCGCGUAUUUGAACUAUAAGGUGGCGAGGGAGAGGAGGUACAUCCUGGAGGUGCUCUUCAACGGGCUGAGGCGGCUCGAGUACAGGGGCUACGAUUCCUCCGGGAUCGCGAUCGACUCCGAUCUCGACUCGGACCCGGUCCUGGCGGAGGGGGGAGGGAAUGGAGGGGAGGAGGCCAGGAGGCCGCCCUACGACUCGGCCCCUCCCCUCGUUUUCCGGCAGGAAGGGAAGAUCGAAUCCCUCGUUGGAUCCGUGUAUUCCGAGGCGGAUGCAAUGGACUUAAAUUUGGAGAAGCGUUUUUCUGUUCAUGCCGGAGUUGCACACACACGAUGGGCUACUCAUGGUGUGCCUUCUCCAAGAAAUAGUCACCCACAAUCAUCGGGUUUAUGGAAUGAGUUUGUUGUUGUUCAUAAUGGUAUUAUAACUAAUUAUGAGGUUCUAAAGGAAACAUUAAUUAGACAUGGGUUCACAUUUGAAUCAGAUACUGACACAGAAGUUAUUCCAAAGCUUGCAAAAUUUGUAUUUGAUAAGGCCCGUGAUGAAGGAGGUGAACAGUCUGUCACUUUUAGUCAAGUUGUUACAGAAGUUAUGAGGCAGCUUGAAGGAGCAUAUGCACUUAUAUUUAAAAGCGCGCACUAUCCAAAUGAAUUAAUUGCCUGUAAGCGUGGCAGUACAUUGAUACUGGGUGUCAAAGAACUAACUGAUGCAAAUACUGGAACAUUGUUUCAUGAUGUUAAAACCCUCACAACCAAUGGGAAGCCAAAGGAACUUUUCUUUUCCAGUGAUUUAUGUGCUAUCGUGGAACAUACUAAAAACUAUUUGGCUAUUGAAGAUAAUGAAGUCGUCCACAUUAAGGAUGGUUGUGUAUCAAUCCUCAAGUUUGAUUUUGGCAAAGAGAAGCCAGCAUCGGUUCAACGUGCAUUAUCUGUUCUUGAGAUGGAGGUUGAGCAAAUAAAGAAGGGAAACUACGAUCACUUCAUGCAGAAAGAAAUUCAUGAACAACCACAUUCCUUGACUACAACAAUGAGGGGAAGGCUCAGAGAUAAUGAUGUGGUUUUGGGCGGGCUUAAGGAUCACCUGAAGACAAUCAGGCACAGCAGAAGGAUUAUCUUCAUUGGUUGUGGUACAAGUUAUAAUGCAGCAUUAGCUGCAAGGCCAUUUUUGGAAGAGCUAUCUGGAAUCCCUGUUGCUAUGGAGCUUGCAAGUGACUUGCUGGACAGGCAGGGUCCAAUAUAUAGAGAAGAUACGGCAGUUUUUGUUAGUCAGUCUGGGGAAACUGCAGAUACCCUACUCGCCCUUGAAUAUGCCUUAGAAAAUGGGGCAUUGUGUGUUGGCAUAACAAAUACUGUUGGUAGUACAUUAGCCAGAAAAACACACUGUGGUGUUCACAUUAAUGCUGGGUGUGAAAUAGGAGUUGCUAGCACGAAGGCAUACACAAGUCAGAUAGUAGUUAUGGUAAUGGUGGCAUUGGCUAUUGGAGCUGACAAAAUAUCCACACAAUCUAGAAGAGACGCUAUUAUUAAUGCUCUUCAUGACCUACCAAAUAAAGUAAGUGAGGUCCUGAAACUGGACAGUGAAAUGAAAGAUUUUGCUGAGUCAUUGAUAAAGACACAAUCUCUUCUUGUAUUUGGUAGAGGCUACAACUAUGCCACUGCCUUAGAGGGUGCUUUAAAAGUGAAAGAAGUAGCACUCAUGCACAGUGAAGGUAUGCUUGCAGGCGAAAUGAAACAUGGUCCAUUGGCAUUAGUGGAUGAGACUCUCCCCAUCAUUGUUAUUGCCACACGUGACGCUUGUUUCAGUAAACAGCAAUCAGUAAUUCAGCAGCUUCAUGCACGUAAAGGCCGUUUGAUUGUUAUGUGCUCAAAUGGAGAUGCAUCCUCUGUAUGUCCUAGCGGAUCUUGCAGAGUUAUUGAGGUCCCUCAGGUUGCAGAUUGCCUUCAACCAGUAAUUAAUAUAGUUCCAUUGCAGCUGCUAGCGUAUCAUCUAACAGUUCUACGAGGCUAUGAUGUGGACCAACCAAGGAAUCUUGCAAAGAGUGUGACAACACAAUGAAACGAGCCUGAAGCUUCGUGCAAAUUCAUUUUGAAAUCUGACCUCAUCGGAGACUUGAUCGCAGAUUCAGAAUUUCGAUUCUUUUGUAGUUCACCACGUAGUUCGUUUCCCGGGUAGUGGAGGCAUUUGUUAAUAUUAUGUACUGCCAUACUGGGAUGCAUAAAAGCAGUUCCCUGUCUGUAUAACUUAUUACUUCUGUUACUAGGAGAGCACAAAUUUAACUUUGAUGGAAACGAUGCAUUGAUUUCUCAGUGUAGGCUUUUUUGGUGAUUCAGCAGAGAGAUGGAAUUCACUUUUUUCCAGUUAAGUAUUAUCAUUUAGCGUUAACUAUUUGUUUA